AUGGGUCUAAGCAAGCUCGGAACCGCAAUAACGGCGAUAACGGCCGUUACUCUGGUGUUUCUGUUCAUGGAGAUCGUUUACGUGCUGUGGCAACGCCGUCAGAGGCUCCGUCCGCGCGUGCGCGUGGAGCCGCAGGAGGCUUCGCCCCAGUGUUCUUCCACCUCGUCUUCUCCAAGUGACGAUGAUGACGUGGAGCUCGAAAUCGAACAGCACGUGAUGAAGUGGCAGCAGUGUCUUAACGGUAACGGUAACGGCCCCUCCAGGGUGCUCUUCACCAUCAAGGAGGAAGAGAGAGAAGAGGUUGACUCCGAUAACGGCAACGACAAUGGUUUGUCCGAGGAGUGUAACAAGAGUGCGCGUGCGUGGUUGGAUCAUGAGCGCGUGGCAGCGGUGGUGGACGAGGUUGUGGUCGUGGUUGAGGAGUUGUUGUUAUUGAACGAAACGACGACGCCGUGUGCUUCGCCUCCGUACUACACACCCUACGCUUCGCCGAGUCGUGAAGAGUGUCGUAAAGAUUUAAACGACAGUAAUGGAUGA